AUGUCACCCGCCGACCGCCUCCCAUCUCGCCGCUGCUCUGGCGGGGCGGCGGCGGGGCCUGGCGACGGCGCGCGGCGCAUGUGCCGUGGCAACCCACCGGGCCGGCCGGCCGCGAAGGCGCCGACCGGCGAUCGCCACCGCGCCCCGCCUCGGAACGCCGUUUCCGCUUGGCGUCCGAGGCGCUCGGCGUUCCCGCUGGAGCGCGAGAUCGGACCGGGUCUGACGCUCCUUUUCUCGCCGUAG